GCGCCAGCUGAGGCCUCAGUACACGCGCGAUCUUCUAACAGUGCGGAUGCACUAUUUCCCGGCAUUUUCUCUCUCAAAUUUCCACAAAACCCUCACAAAAACCUCGUCCCGAGUGAGUUCCCCGAGUGUGAUCUCUCAAAAUUCGCCAAAUAAUCCCGAAAUUUAAAGAUCAACUUCUCACCGAGAUUAAAUUCGAGGUCAGUGGAUCGAUAAACAGGUACCACGUGUUUCAAGGUCACGCGUAGAGAAUCUCCAGACGCGUCGUGACGCAGUCCCCGAAUUUUCACCCAUCGAAAAUAUCCGAUUGUUCACUUGAGAGAAAAGGGGAUCGAGAAUGCCGGCCGAUGCAGAGCUCAGCACGAUUUUGAGUCGUCGUCAGAAGAUAAACGAUCAACUCGAAGAGGGCAAAGAGGUCAAAAAACAGUACAAAUUCGUCAAUGUUUACACGGAAUUUCAUGAACUGUCUCGUCGGGAGAUCAAGCAGUACGAGCAGACCUUCAACAGGUUUGAUGAUGGAAAAGAUGGGUUCCUGGAUCUUGCUGAGCUGAAGAGAAUGAUGGAGGUCCUUGGAGCACCCCAGACCCACUUGGGGCUCAAGGCCAUGAUCCAGGAAGUCGAUGAGGAUGGCGAUGGUCGCAUCUCGUUUCGCGAGUUCUUGCUGAUCUACAGAAAAGCUCAUGCUGGAGAAUUGGAGCAGGAUUCCGGUCUCGGGCAAUUGGCCAGAUUGACAGAAGUAAAUGUCGACGAAGUCGGAGUCACUGGAGCUAAAAAUUUCUUUGAAGCUAAGAUUGAGCAAUUACGAAAGUCAAGCAAAUUUGAAGAUGAAAUUCGAAUGGAGCAGGAGGAACGACGACGCGAGGAGGAGGAGAAGGCAGCAAGGCGUGCGCAGUUUCGCGAGAGAGCUGCUAUCUUCGGAAAUAAUUAAGUCUGAGUUUACAAGUGUAGAGUUACGUAUUAUCUUACAAAAUGUGGAGGCUUUUUAUCAAUUCUCUGGACUAAUUUUAAAUAGCUGCGCAAUAUUACACCCAGACAUCCUCCAGAUUACCUAUUAUCGGUGUUAUUUAGGCAACGAAAUUGUAGUUUAGAAUGAAAGUGUUGAAAGUGUCUCAAAAAUUAUGAACUGUUGGCAUGUAAUUUCAUUCAAGUUUUAGGAAUUUGAGAGUAUAAAAAAAAGAUUUGCGCGAAAUAUUUUAGCCUUGAGAGAGCGCAACUGGAAGUGUAAUAACUUAAGUGUUUAAAGUGUAAGGUUUCUCUUUUUUAUUUUAUAUCG